CUCUCUUUGACCACUCUAUUCUUUCUCACUUCUUCACAGCAUCAAUGCGCGUGGGUUGCUUUCUGCCUGUGGCUUUCUCUCUCGUGAACACCCACACACACAAAAGAAAGAAAUUAUUAAAUCACAGACGCACUCUUCCUCUCUCUCUCUCUUCUCUCUCUUACUGUCAAGACGACGAGCAGCCCCUUUCACUACUGAAGGAGUUGCAGUAGCAGUAGCAGUAUCAGAGGGAACUUUUUCUUGUUGUGUCUUUCUUUGUUUCUUGGUAUUAUAAUUUUUCUUUUGGGUUGCUUGAUUACUGUCAAAUGGCAGUUCUUCGUCAUUCUCCUUCUCCUCCUCCUCCUCGAGCUUCAUUUUCUUGGCUUUUGCACAAUUACCAUCCAAUCACUUGAUUGAUUCUUUCUAUUUCUUAUCAUCAUUUGCUUUUAUUUCUUUUGGGGUUUGGGGUUCUUGAUUUGAUCAUUUAUCACCAUCCAUCAUUUGCUUUUAUUUCUUUUAAUCAGAGAGAGAAUCACCUGGUCUUUUGAGUCAAGACAAUGUACUAAAUACAAACUCUAGCUAGCUAACCCAAAAACCACAGCAAAGAUAAAAGGAAAAGGAAAACAGCCUUUCUUCUACAACCCUUUUCUUUCCUUUUCUUUGCUACAUUUCUUUUCUUGAUCGUCGUUUUGUUCUUCUCUUCUGUCACUUUCUUCCUUCCCCAUUUGCAUAACUGUACGGCUUCACUGUUUUCUGCUGUUCAUUUCUUGUUUUCUUUUAGAUUUCUUUCUCUGCUACAUUGUGUUUUCUUUAGCUUGUUUUAAGGGAAACUAAAACCUGGGAUUUUCACAUGCAUUUUCUUGUCAUUUCUUUAAUGGAUCGAAUUCAAGACCUGAGAUUUGACUGUUUUUAGUUGGAAGAGCGUAACUUUCAGCAUUUUUAGCUUCUGGAUUUUCUUCUUCUUCUUCUUCUUCUUCAUCAUCAUCUUGUUCUUGAAUUGAUAUUUCCUUUUCCUUUUUGCGGAGAUGAAUGAAGCAGCAGGUAAAACGGGAUCCUGUUUGGCCAUAGCUGAGAAACGGCCUCACAGACCUGGAGGUUGUGUAGGCAUUUUCUUUCAGCUCUUUGAUUGGAAUCGAAGAUUAGCCAAGAAAAAGCUAUUCUCAAGAAAAUUGCUUCCUCCAGCUCGUGGAAAGCAAACCACAAAGAAAUACGGAGGAGAUGACAAGAUGCCUAAAACUAAACCUCGUUUGAUUGCUGAUGAGAACAGUGGGGGUUUUCCAAAUGUAAAGAAAAAUGGGAACCGUUGUGACGUUACAGAGCAAAAGCAUGAAAUGAGAGCUGCAGGUUUAGUUGCUAGGCUGAUGGGUCUUGAAUCCAUGCCAGCAGUGCACCGAGAUAAGCACAAGAAAGCUUCAAAUUCUGCUACUUGUGAGGUUAAAAAAGAGAAUUUUGUUGAUGCUCAAUGUGGGUCUGAUGUGGAAGUUUUGAAGUUGGAUAAGGGAAGUAGUAAGGUUGAAUCUAGGCCUCAAAAGCUUCAAAAAACGGGGCAGUUCGAGAGACGGGCUGUUACGAGGUUUGGAGCUGAGGCUUUGCAUAUUAGGAACGUAUUGUCAAGGUCAAGAAAGCAUCAGCACCCCAAGCUUGCUUCGCCGGUGAAGAGUCCUAGGAUUUCCUCUUCCAGGAAUGUGUCUAGGGCAUCCAGGCUCAUUGAUGCUGCCACUCGGAUUUUGGAACCAGGAUUGCAAGCUACCAACAGAGCAAAAUGUGCUCUUACUUAUUCAGGUUCUAUCCAUUGUGCUCCCAAGAAUGAGAUUUUGAUGGAAGCAAUGGGACUGGGAGUCAUGUCACCAGAUCUAUUAUUAAAGCAACAACAGAAUGAAGUGAAAUAUGAUGUGGCAGCGGGUAAAUCUUUGAUGGGGCAGGCCUCUUGCAAAAAUUGUGGUAAUUUGCUUGAUGUAGUGGAUUCUAGACCAACGGUAGAGGAACAGCGAUUUGUUUGUUCAUCCUCAGCUGCAAAUGCAGCAACCACGUACUUGCAGGAAUUGGUAAGGAUUAAGCCAAGGCCACUCAUAUCCUCUCCUGAACAAGAAAGGAAUGAAACUUAUCAGCAAAAUCAGGUUAAACUAUCCACUGCAGCUGAAAGACUAGAUAAUUCACGAGCAUGUGGGGAACCCAUAUUGGAUAGGAAGCCUGCGUAUACAGAGGGCCAAGUGCCCCGGCAAUUUAGAAGUCAGCAUUGCAGGUCUCCGAAGGAUGAGACCCAUUCUAUUGCUUCCCGGCAGAGGACUGAAACCCGUAAUGAGAUGUCAGUAUGCAGGAAUAGAAUUCCACCAAGAGCCAAGUUAAAUGAUCUGCAAAGUAGGAGAGCUUCUUCAGCUGCCAAUGCUAUUGUUGCUAAAGAUUUUGUUGCUAUGAACCGAAGCUUAGGUGGCCGCACCAGGCCUCGAGUGUCUACCAAGGCAGAUAAUUACAUGGUUGACACAGAGAGAAAAGUUUGCAGCAGGCGAGAUGAUUCCUUGCCACAGUUGAGGCCUCCAGUACGGAAGAGGAGGACUGCAAGUAGCAAUGCACAGCUUGAAAGUAAUGGACUUGUUAGUUCAACAUCUAUGAGACACAGAAACAUUAAAUGCGACUUGAUGAUAAGAAAAGAAUUGGAGCCUGAUGGAAAUAAGAACAAUAAUGUCAUAUCUUUGAACCAUGCUAGUAUCAAAACCAGAUCAGCUAGUCAAGGUAACAAAGCUAAUGGAAAUAAGAACAAUGAUGUCAUAUCUUUCACAUUUAAUUCCCCAUUGAAGCAUAAAAGUCCUAUGUCCUCCAAGCUGAAAGAGUCGAUGGAUCACAUCAAUAAUGCUUCUCAUGAAAAAAAGCUACUAUCAGAAAGAAAUGAUGUCAAAACAUUUUCACAAAGGAAAAUACCAUUGGAUGGAGAUACUUUAGGGGCACUUUUAGAACAAAAACUAAAGGAACUGACCUCUCAAGAGGAGGAUGAAUUGGCAAUUGGCGGUUCUGCACCCAAGAGAUCAACUGCUAUGAUUCUACAAGAACUGAUAUCAGCGUUAGUUGAACAGCAGCCGCUUUCUCCAGUUGGUCAUAUGUCCAAUGCAGAAUCAGCUUUCCAGACUCGACAAGGGAGAGGAGGGACUUCAGUUGGAUUCUCACAUGACAGUGACCACCUGAGUCCUGGAUCUGUUCUCGAAGCUUCAUUCUCAAAUGAAAGCUGUUUCUCUAGCAGUGUGGAUGAUAAUUCAGGACGUAGGCUGUUUUAUGAUUCUGUGGAUUACUCUUGUGAUCAGCUACAACCAAUAGAAACUGAUGCUGAGCUUCAGGAUUCUGCAACCUCUGGGAAUGAAGGGCGGAUGGGUAGCAUCAUGGUGACUGAUCUUCUCAACCAUUUAUCUGUGAUACUACAAAGCAUCAAUCUUGCCGAUGGUGGACUAACAGGUGCUAGGCUCACCUAUGUAAGGGAGGUUAUCUUGAAUGCUGAACUAUUAUUUGGAAGUGCAGCUCCGCAAAAUUCAGAUAGAAUGAAGAGUUCUUUUAUAGGUCCAUUUCUUCUCAAUGAGCUUGAAACUCUUGCUGGCACCAUGUGGACAAAUUUCAAUUGCCUUUCGGGCUUUGAGGAGAGCAAAGAAGGUAGUGAAGUUAGAAGGUUUCUUUUUGAUUCAGUGAUAGAGUGCUUAGAUUCAAAAUAUAGCCGAUAUUGCAAUUCUGGAUAUAAAGCAUGGAGAAGAGUACCCUCAUGCAUGAAGGCAGAAAUACUGAUUGAAGAGGUUGGGAAGGAGAUCAGAAGGUGGACGGAUAUGGCUGGGAUGAUUCCAGAUGAGAUCAUAGAAUGGGAAAUGAGUCAUGCCUUGGGAAAAUGGACAGAUUUUGAAAUCGAAACGUUUGAAACAGGUGCUGACAUCGAUUGGGAUAUACUUCAAGUUUUAGUUGACGAAAUUGUGAUAGACUUUUGGAAUUGCAGGAUAAACUCCUUGUGAAGUGCCUAUACCUUUGUAAGUUUCCUUCUGUUAGUAACAUAGCAUGCCAUUGCUUAACCCCGUGUCUGGUGUCUCCUGUUGUAAGAGGCACGCUAUCCAAAAUGACGUGCGAUAGAGUAUCCACAUUGUAAAUGCAAUUCUGUAGGCUUUACCUGCUUUUCCUGGAAAUAUAACUUGUUUGGCUAUGGAGAAACAGCUCCAUAUGGUGGUGUUGUUAGCACAAGCGUAUAAAAAGGUUGAAAGGGCAGAAAGCUCUUCAAUUCACAACAUUUUUGA